AUGAAUGCCUUAUCUGAACCACUUUUAUCUUCAUCUGAAAAUGACAGUAAUAAUAUUGAACUAGGAACGCUCGAUUCGGAUGAUGAUGAUGAUGUAACAAAAUUAAAUACUCAACGUAUUGUACGUUCUCGUCAUAUAAAACAACAAUCAACACCAGCAGCACAUGGUGGUGGUUCAAUUGUAAUUGUUGAAAAACCUAUUCUACCUCAAGAAAGUCUUCAAGCAUUUGCUAUCCGAUAUCGAGUACCCAUUUCUCAAUUAAAACGUUUGAAUAAUUUACAAAAUGAUCAAGAUUUCUAUGGUCUUAAAUAUUGUCGAGUACCAGUACGUCGUUUUGGUAUAUUACAUGAACAGUCAUCAACAAUUGUUGAUUUACAUGAACAGUUAACAACGAAUACAACAGUACCAAUAACACAUCUAACGCAACAAAAUCAUCAUGCUUUUUUAAAUGCAAUGGAUCAAGAUUUAGCAUUAAUGCGUGCUAAAGUUGAACAAUUAAUAGAAACACCAACAACAACAUUAAUUCCUGAUCAACCAAAAACAGUCAUGAUGAUACGAUCAACAAUAAAAGCUAAGAAUGACUUUAGUUGUGAUGGUGCUGAUUGUGGUUGUAGAUUUUGGCAUAUACUUGGAGCUAUUAUACUUAUUGCACUUCUUAUUCCAAUUAUUUAUAUUUAUAUAUAUAUUAAGUCUCCACCUACGCUUAUAGAACAUUUUCCAUAA